ACUAAUCACUUAUCAACGUAAGUCACGAUAUUUCGCAACCACCUUAUCACGAUUAUUUUCGCAGCCUUGGAACUGGUCGGACCGAAUUAUCGCUCAUUCGUAACGGUCAUGACUUGCACUUUCUACACUAUGGGCCUCUGUAUGUUAGCAGGUGUCACUUAUUUGAUACGCGACUGGCGAACACUUGCCGUAACUACGAGUGCGUCCUUCCUGAUUUACUUUUUCUACUGGUGGUUCUUGCCGGAGUCACCGCGGUGGUUGUUGGCGAAAGGCCGCCUAGGCGAAGCUAACGACAUCCUCGAGACUUUAGCCCGGGUAAAUGGGAAAAAACUUCCGGCGUCGUUCACACAGAAGCUCCGUCAGCGUAUGACGAUGUCGAGGUCGAAAAGCGAGGAGGAGAGAUUACGAGCCGGUCCCGGUGUUCUCUCGCUAUUUAAAACGCCUAAUAUGCGCCUCAAGACGUGCCUUAUUACUUUAAACUGGUUCGCCAACAACAUGGUGUACGUCGGUCUUUCCUAUUACGGGCCGGCUCUGGGGAAUGAGGAACAUCUGAGCUUCCUGUUCUCUUCCCUCGCCGAGAUUCCCAGUUACAUGGCGUGUUGGGUUGUAAUGGAUCGAUGGGGCCGCCGGUGGCCGCUUUGCUUGUGCAUGGUGGUGGCUGGAGUGUCGUGCAUUGCCACGGUGCUGCUUUCGUCCGAUGCUGUGCUGGAGACGCUGAUAUUGUUCCUCAUAUCGAAGUCGGCGAUAUCAGCGUCAUUUCUAAUUAUCUAUCCGUUCGCCGGGGAACUUUAUCCUACUCAAUUGCGCGGAGUUGCCAUUGGCUUCUCCGCGUACAUCAGUGGCCUCGGACUCAUCAUUAUACCCUUCGUGACAUACCUCGGAAAAGAGAAUCUUGUCUUGCCUCUAGUCAUUUUAGGCGCGAUCUCGAUAAUUGGAGGCUUGUCUGGACUGCGGUUACCAGAAACAUUGCAUCACCGUUUGCCGCAGACGGUGGAGGAAGGUGAAUUGUUUGGCAAAGACUGGACGUGCGCGGAUUGCAUCCGUUGUAUUCCCAUAAAACCUUCGUCGAUUACGACAUCUUAUGAGGAUUUAUCAGCACGAGAAAACGUUGAGAUGUAUGAAAUGCCUGAAGUGCCGCUUGCUUCGUCCAUUUUAGAGGAACAACAACGACCAAAUACGGCGAGCGUUCGCCGUUUGGUUCGUCAAUCCAGCGUAAUGGACACGCAACGCGAUUCCGACGGGACCAUGAAGAUGACAUAUUGGUUUUAAUUUGAAUCGCAUUGAAUCACUUUACGUUUCAACAAAAAUCAAGUCGAAUGUAUUUUCUCCGUUUUAUCUUAAAUAGUUGAAAUAUUUUUUUAUUGUUGAUUGUUGAUUCCAUUCCAUUUCUUCGCGUAAAAGAAAUUCAAGAAACAGUUGAGGAGUUGAGAAAUUUCCAUAUAUCAUAUUUAGUUUUUAAUUUCAUUGUAUCUCUAACGAUGUAUUUAUAUAUAC